GAUACUCAACGGCUUCUGCUGUGCCUCCAUAAAUACUCACUCCCACUCUUCACUGCCCUUCACAUCUCUCCUUAUCCUUCUCUUUCUCCUUCGACACCCAAAUCUCAGUACACACAUACUUCCACUUUCAUGGCAACCAUGGCAACCAUGGCAACAGCACUCUCAUCUCUCCCAGCCAAACCCCAAAAGGCCUCUCUAUUCGAAUCCUCCUCCGCCUUCUAUGGCACUCCAGUGGCCGCACCUUCUCUCCGUAUGCAACCCACUUCCAAAACAAACGCUGUCUCUGUUUCUAUGUCAGCUUCAUCCACACCAUCUUACAAUUUGAAUUCUUUCAAGUUUGAUCCUAUCAAGGAAUCUAUUGUUUCACGUGAGAUGACUCGUCGGUAUAUGACUGAUAUGAUCUCUUAUGCAGACACUGAUGUCGUUAUUGUUGGUGCUGGCUCUGCUGGGCUGUCUUGUGCUUAUGAACUUAGCAAGAACCCUGAUGUUCAAGUUGCUAUAAUCGAGCAAUCUGUUAGCCCUGGUGGCGGCGCUUGGCUCGGUGGUCAGCUCUUCUCUGCCAUGGUGGUGAGGAAACCAGCACAUCGCUUCCUUGACGAGGUAGGCAUCGAGUACGAUGAACAAGACAACUAUGUAGUGAUCAAGCACGCUGCCCUGUUCACCUCAACAAUCAUGAGCAAACUCCUCGCCCGACCCAACGUUAAGCUAUUCAACGCUGUAGCUGCUGAGGACUUGAUAGUGAAGGAAGGAAGAGUAGGCGGGGUUGUCACCAACUGGGCUCUCGUCUCAAUGAACCAUGACACACAAUCUUGCAUGGACCCUAAUGUGAUGGAGGCUAAGGUGGUGGUUAGCUCUUGCGGGCAUGAUGGACCUUUUGGCGCUACCGGUGUCAAGAGGCUUAAGAGCAUUGGCAUGAUCGACAGUGUUCCUGGGAUGAAAGCUUUGGAUAUGAACACUGCUGAAGAUGCCAUAGUUAGGCUUACUAGGGAGAUUGUCCCUGGAAUGAUUGUUACCGGCAUGGAAGUUGCUGAGAUCGAUGGCUCUCCAAGAAUGGGACCAACAUUUGGAGCAAUGAUGAUAUCUGGACAGAAGGCAGCUCACCUUGCUUUGAAGUCGCUGGGGCUGCCCAGUGCUCUUGAUGGAACCUUCACUCUUCACCCAGAGUUGGUCCUAGCCGCAGCAGAAUCCGGUGAGACAGCUGAUGCUUGAAUGGUGGGCGCCAACAGCAGGGGAGCAAAUACAUGAAAAAAGAAAUGAUGAGAUAUCAGAUAAAUAAUAGUGCUGUAGAAAUGAGUUUGGUUGUAGAAAUGUGUUUGAGAUGAGGAAGGGGAAUCUAUGGUAGGAAUCUGAACAAUGUUCUGUUAAUAGUCUUUGGUAUCUCAAGUUCAAGUUUGGUUGGAACUUUUCUAGUGAAAAAAGCAUGAGUCUUGCUUUUUGUGCCUA